AUGUAUCAGGAUCAGCGACAUGUGGACAGAUCAAAGUACUGCGCUUUUCACCAAAAGUACGGCCACACCACGGAUGAUUGCGUCAUAGCCAAAGAUGUCCUCGAAAAGCUCGCGCGCCAAGGAUUGCUAGACAAGUACAUCGAGAGCCGAGGAAGGAGACAAAGCACAGACGAAUCCGGCCAACAAUCCAAGCCGACCACAAACCCUCGAGACAAAGGAAAAAAGGUAGAUAAUGAUACCAAUCCACCACGCAGAAUAAUAAACUGCAUUUCCGGUGGUUUUGCAGGUGGCGGAUGCACAAACUCGGCACGGAAAAGGUUGUAUCGAGCUAUGAUGACAAUGACAGAAUCCACUGCGCCUCAGCAACCCAACAAGGAUAGGCCGGAGAUCUCAUUCAUCGCCAAAGAUUUCAAAGCAAAUGACCGAAACCUGGAUGACCCGGUUGUCAUCACAGCACAAGUCGGAGAACCGUUGGUAAAAAAGAUCUUAAUGGAUCCAGGAAGCAGCGCAGACGUACUUUUCUAUUCAACUUUCCAAAAGAUGAAGCUCAGCGAUAAGAACCUCCAACCAUCCUCCGGGGAAUUGGUAGGUUUCUCAGGUGAGCGCGUCGCCAUUCGAGGUUAUAUCUGGUUACAAACCACUUUCGGGGAAUACCCCAACAGUAAGACCAUAGAUAUACAGUAUCUUGUGGUAGAUUGCAGAAGUCCAUAUAACAUCAUUUUAGGCAGACCAUCUUUAAACGCAUUUAAUACUAUUGUUUCUGCUGUGCAUUUGUGUGUCAAGUUUCUUUCACAGGACAACAAAGUCGUUACCAUCCACGGAGACCAGAAAGAGGCUAGGCAGUGCUAUAACGCCAGCCUGAAAAAUGAACAACAAAAACCAACAAAACAACAAUACGUCCAAGCAGUAUAUAACUCGGAUCAGCUGCCUGCCCUGGCUGACCUGGACCCCAGAUCCAACCAUAACGAGCGUCCAAUGCCAACAGACGACCUCACCAAGGUGCAAUUGAACAAGGACGAUGAAUCCAAAUACACAUACCUGGCAACGCACUCAAGGAAGAAGAGCAGAUUCAACUAA